UAUGUCACGUGACGCUCUAGAGGGCGGGGCGUGCAGUAAGAUGGCGGCGCCCAUGGAGCUGUACUGCUGGAAGGGAGAUUGGGGUCUGCCGAGUGUGGACCUGGACUGUCUGACUGUCUUGACCUACGCCAAGUUCUCCGGAGCUCCACUCAAAGUCCAUAAGCUGUCGAACCCUUGGCGGAGCCCCUCAGGUCAGAUGCCCGCCCUCAGGACUCCUGAUGAAGGGGUUGUGUUCCAGACUUCCAAAAUUAUCACCUAUCUCAGGAAGCAGAAAUAUAACGCUGAUUACGACCUGUCCGCCAAGCAGGGAGCAGACACCAUGGCCUUCAUCUCACUGCUGGAGGAGAAGCUGCUGCCAGCCCUGAUCCACACCUUCUGGGUUGAUGCAAAGAACUAUGUGGAGCACACCCGCCGAUGGUACGCAGAGGCCAUCCCCUUCCCCCUCAACUUCUUCAUCCCGAAUCAGAUCCACAAGAGACAUUUGGAGCGUCUGCAGCUGAUCCGGGGGGAGAGCUGGCGGGAGGAGGACGAGACCCUGGAGAAGCAGCUGUACGCGGACGCCCAGGAAUGCCUGACUCUCCUGUCUCGCCGGUUGGGGACCCACAGUUUCUUCUUCGGAGAAUCGCCGGCCUCUCUCGACGCCCACGUCUUCAGCCAUCUUGCCCUGAUCCUGAGUGUGAAGCUGCCCAGUAACCGGCUGCAGCAGCAUCUGAAGUCCCUGAGCAACCUGUGCCAGUACUGCAGCGCCAUCCUCAGCAUCUACUUCACCAGGGACGGAGAGACUUUCCCUCGCAUUUCCCCCAAGACCCCGACGGCCGAGUCUCCCGAGGGUGAGGAGGAGCCCAACAAGAGGCGGAACCAGAUCCUGUCUGUGGCGGUGGGCCUGCUGGCCAUGGCCGGCUACGCCCUGCUCAGCGGCAUCGUCUCCAUCCAGCGGGCGUCGGGGGACCGGGCACUGGACAGGGGGGUGGCACUGGAGGAGGAGGAGGAGGGCUGACAGGGCACGCCCGCAUCGGGGUUGGUUUUCAUUCCUUUACCUACCUUGUGUCCGAGCACGAGGACAGGGCCCGGGGACCACCUGUAAGUGCCUCCAUCUGUUGUAUCGCCCGGGGCGUGGCCCCCGCUGUCCAGUAAUAAAGCAGAG